AUGGAUAUCCGCGUCAUUAGAUCCAGCGAUAUCCCGCUGAUACAGCAUGCCAACCUCGAGAACUUGCCCGAGAACUACUUCCUAAAAUACUACCUCUACCACGCGCUCUCAUGGCCGCAAUUAUCAUACGUGGCCGUCGACAUCUCACGGCCCAAGAAGACGCCAUACGACUACCCCAAGAUCGUAGGCUACGUUCUCGCAAAGAUGGAGGAGGACCCUUCCGACGGCAUCCCCCACGGCCACAUCACCAGCCUGAGCGUGAUGCGCACGCAUAGGAGGUUGGGUAUUGCCGAGAAGCUAAUGAGGCAGAGCCAACAGGCAAUGGUCGAGACCUUUGGUGCGCGCUACGUCUCCCUGCACGUGCGUGUCUCCAACCAGGCCGCCAUCCACCUGUACCGCGACACCCUGGGCUUCAAGAACGAGAAGACGGAGAAUAAGUACUAUGCCGACGGUGAGGACGCGUACUGCAUGAAGCUGGACCUCGACUUCAUCCGCGAUCAGCUGCGCCAGGAGACCGAAGAGGAGGCCGACGGAGAGGCUCAGGACGAGGGUGAGGCUGUUGGUGACGUUGGCAAGGACCCCAAGACGGCCAAGAAGGGCAAGGCUGGCGAGGAUGCGGACAAGAUGAGGAAGGUCAAGGUUGGUAGGGCGCUGGGUGUCGGUGAGCUGGUCGAGAGGGUGGAGAGUAAGUAG